UUUGAAUUAACUAGCCCUUUAACUAAAUUUUUGCAAGGUGUUAAUAUUAAUUUGUUGGGUGCUAGUGAGUACGUAAAAUUGAUAUUAGAAAAAAUUCAUACAUUCAGAAGUGAGCAUCAAUUUAAAAAAUUGGUAGAAGAUAAAAAUGCAUUUAUAGCGUCUAAAGCGAAUGAAUUAUCAUUCACUCCAUUAUCAUUAAACAGGAUAAAAAAAAAAAAUAAUGCCAGGAGAAAAUAUAGCAGAUGAACAAAUCAGUUGUCCAAUCAAAAAUUUUCAAGUUAAUACUUACUAUACAAUAAUUGAUAUUGUAAGUACACAGAUAUUAGAGCGAUUCAAUGAUCAAUCUACUCCACUUUAUAAAGAUAUUUCACUUUUUCAUGAAAAAAGAUUAAAAAAAGUAGCAGAGCAGUCAAAUUUACCUACUGAUGCUUUUGAUGGGUUUGAAAUGGUCUAUGGGAAAUUUGUACAAGCUGAUGAUUUAAGACGUGAAUACAAACAAUUUUCAGAUUCAUAUUUUAUGUUUAAAAAAUUAAUGAUACUACCAGAAAAAAUUCACAAAACAGAUGAUAUCGACGAAGAAAUAGAAACAAGUGAUAAUACUGAAAGUGAUAUUGAUUCAGAAGAUCUAGAUUUAGCAACAAACCAAGGAAAUAUUUCGACGGUUUUUAAGGUGUGUCACCAAAAUAAUUUAAAAGAAGUGUUUCCAUCCAUUUAUAUUGCAUUAUGUAUAUGUUUAACUUUACCGGUUUCAAGUUCUUCUCCUGAAAGAGCUUUUUCUAAAUUGAAGCUAAUUAAAAGUAGAUUGAGAAGUACUAUGGGAGAAGAUAGAUUAGAAUCACUUAUGCUUAUAUCAUGUGAAAAAGAUAUUAACAUUGAUAAUGAAAAGGUAAUAAAAACCCUUACAACGUAUAGUACUGUUCUUAAAAAUCUAUUAUAA